CUGAAAUUGAUUGUCAGAAAAUUAGAUAAGGGAGAAAUAAAACGAUAUAAUGAAUGGCUAGUCCUCGAAAUCUUUCGAAAUUCACCCGUAAUCUGGUUUAUUCUUUACGAUUAAAUGUAGGAGCGAGAGAUCAGGCAAGAUGUCUGUCACACCUCACUAAUGAGCUACCAAGUCCGCAAGGGUCUUCACUCCUGGAGGUCAAGGACCGGGUUCAAAUCUCGCAGGAGAGAGACUUCAAGCUUCCCUCGUUGAACCCCUUUAAAGCUUCGAGGAGAAAGGAGUACUCUGAGAGAAGGUUAUUAGGGUAUUCCAUGGAACAGAUGUACAAUGUUGUGAAGGAUGUCGAGAACUAUAAACAUUUCGUCCCAUGGUGCAAGGAAUCGACGAUUAGUGAAAUAAGACAGGGACAAUGCAAGGCUCAGAUAACGGUCGGGUUCCCUCCACUACUAGAAAAAUAUGUAUCGACAGUGACAAUGGUUAAGCCUCACUUAGUAAAGUCGGUCUGUACUGAUGGUCGGAUAUUCAACCUUCUUGACACCACAUGGAGAUUCAGUCCCGGCUUGCCCAACACACCCGAGACUUGUAAAUUAGACUUCUCUGUUACCUUUGAAUUUCGCAGCCUCUUACACUCGAAUCUUGCGCACAUCUUUUUCGAUGAGGUUGUUAAAACGAUGGUCAAUGCUUUCUUAAAACGAGCAGGGGAGUUGUACGGAGCACCACAUAUACGAAGUUCACAACCCAAGAUAUUGGUGUACAAUUCUUGACGAAAAGAGGACAUCUAGUGCAGAAAUUAAGAACUAUUUAUGGAUACAAACAUUUUAAAUCAUUUUGAGUUUUGUUUGAGAACGCUUGAGAGGUAUGCUUAGCUGAGUGAUAUAGAUUUCUACUUACUGUUGUAAUUAUAAACACAUUUUACUAGAUGUUUUAAUUUGCGAUUCUUAGUGGAAGCUCAUUUACCUCUCAUACAACUGAAUGUUGAUCUUUAAUCCAUACUUGGUGAUAUACAUGUAUGAAUCCUUGUAAAUUUGUUGAAAAAGACGUUGUUGGUAGAUGUGCAUUACUGAUCCAUCUUAAAUUUGAUGUUGUGUGCCAUGAAAGUAUAUCGGGGAACUGAUUUGCUGUAAAUUGCAAAAUUUUAGUUUUAUUGCCUUUUGUUAUAAUUUGCGAAAACUUCAGAAAGUCAGCAGAUGGAUGCUUGUUUUUUCCUGAAAGUGGGAGGUUGAGAAGUUAUGAUGAAGUUACAUAUGAAACAAAAAAACGUUUUGUUACGGUAGACCAAUAUUUCAACCCACACUCGGAGAACCUGUUGUGUUUAUUGAAUAAAAGAUCACAUUCAG